UUAUUUAAUAUAAUCUAACAUGAAUAUUUUUCAUAAAUCUUUAAAAGGACAUAAACAAAACAUAUAGAUUAUCUCAAAGAAUAAUCAUUGAAAAGAUUUUGAUUUAUUUUUAGUCUAUUGACAUGCUGUUGUUCAUCAAAAGCAGGAGUAAAACGAAAAGAUGGAACUAUAAAUGAAACUGAACAAUCAUCUGAAAUAUGUUGGCUAUGGCAACCAUUAGAAUUUGAACUAGAAGAUUAUGUAUUAGAUUUAACAUAUACUCAAACAUUGUGUUGGCAUGGUUUAAUUUUUUGUCCAUUUUUACCGUUAAUUUCAGCAGCUAAAAAUAUACUUAUCUUUGUUGUUAAAUUCAUAAGCCUGGCUGUAUUUCGAAAAAGAUCACAAUUAGAAUUGAGUCCUGCUCGAGCUCGUCAUAUAUUUACAGCUGUUCUUCUUUUUUCUUUUGUUUGGGCUUUGCUACCAAUUAGUUUUCUUGCUACAUCACUUCGACCAUCACGUGGUUGUGGUCCAUUUCGUUUAUAUAGUCAUGAAACUGAAUAUUAUAUGUAUUAUUCAGUUCGUAAUAUUGUUACACAAAUUCAAAAUGAAAUUUUUGUCAACAUUAUACUUAAAAUUACUAGUGCUGUGGUUAUUAUUCCAUUAGUUUUAAUUUUAAUUUUAUUUUCUUGUAUUUUAACCAUUCGACGUAAUAGUUAUCGAGGAGCAUCUUUAGAACUUUAUAAAUUAUUGUAUUCGUCACAUAAAGUACAUCAACUAGCUGUGAAAAAUGCGCCCCGUAGAAAAACGCAUCACUAA